UCCCUCUCGGGCGGCCUCUGCAGCAGCACCCGCUGGCCUUAUUCGCGGCCCCUGGAGCAUGGAUCUCCGCAGAAGAGCCCUUCUCGGCGUGAAUGGGCUUCGAGUUCUCCUGAUGCUGUUCCAUACAGUGGCUCGAAUCACGGCAGAACAAGAAGUGGAAAAUCUCUCAGGCCUUUCCACUAACCCUGAAAAAGAUAUAUUUGUGGUGCGGGAAAAUGGGACGACGUGUCUCAUGGCAGAGUUUGCAGCCAAAUUUAUUGUCCCUUAUGAUGUGUGGGCCAGCAAUUACGUGGAUCUGAUCACGGAGCAAGCGGAUAUCUCAUUGACCCGGGGAGCCGAGGUGAAGGGCCACUGUGGCCACGACGAGUCGGAGCUGCAGGUGUUCUGGGUGGACCGCGCGUACGCACUCAAAAUGCUGUUUGUAAAGGAAAGUCACAACACGUCCAAGGGACCCGAGGCAACGUGGAAGCUGAGCAAAGUCCAGUUUGUCUACGACUCCUCAGAGAAGACCCACUUUAAAGACGCGGUCAGUGCUGGGAAGCACACAGCCAACUCGCAUCACCUCUCUGCCUUGGUCACCCCAGCCGGGAAGUCCUAUGAAUGUCAAGCUCAGCAGACCAUCUCACUAGCCUCCAGCGACCCACAGAAGACAGUCACCAUGAUCCUGUCCGCAGUCCACAUCCAGCCCUUUGACAUCGUCUCUGACUUUGUCUUCAGUGAAGAGCAUAAAUGCCCAGUGGAUGAGCGGGAGCAGUUGGAGGAAACCUUGCCGCUGAUUUUGGGGCUCAUCCUGGGCCUCGUCAUUGUGGUCACGCUGGUGAUUUACCACAUCCACCACAAGAUGACUGCCAACCAGGUCCAGAUCCCUAGGGACCGGUCCCAAUAUAAGCACAUGGGCUAGAGGCCGCUGGGCAGACAGCCCGCAGCCGAUCCAGCCGGGGAAACAGCGGCACUUCCCGCCUGCACGGGGGAUACACCAACAUAGCUCCAGGCACACUGACUCGGGUACGCAAGGCUUGCUUGGCCUGCAUCCACGCUCACACCUGGGAUGGGGGGUUCUUCUGGACUCAUGGGGUGAAUGACGUAGCCCUUCCAUGCUGAGAAGUGGGAAGGGUAGGGUCAGCCAGCUUUCAUGCUCAUGGUGGCUUGGCUUUGACUCUCCAAGGAGCAACACAUACAACUCGGAGGAAUAUCUGGCUCUGAAGUGUAAGGAUUGGAACCACAGUUCUUUUGGAAAGACACCCCUUAAAGUUCAAGAGGAACAUUGGAUGCUUUGCUCCCUUGAACACAGAUGGCUUAUCCUAUACUAUCGUCAGCACACACAAAAUACAGCCUCAUGCUCCCUGCAGCAAGACCCCUGAAUGUGACCCAUGCUUCUGGCUGGCGUUCUGCAUGUCUCGUGAUUGUCUCGGGAAUGUUUCACUGCUCCCUGCACCCAGCGAAUUCACAGCACAAGAGUCUGUUUAAUGUAACUAUGCAGAGUGGUUUGGACUUUGUAAUAUGUCAG